AUGAUGACAAACAGCAGCUGGCGCUCUUUUUUCCUCCUCGUCCUCCUCUUGGUCGGCGUAAGCAGCGUCUACUACCUCACCUUCCUCGCCGAGCACUGGUCGAACGAGGGCCACACGACAGACACCGACCGACCACACGACGACGGCGGUGACACUGGCGGUGCUCGUGACGACGACGGCGGUGGCGGUGACGGUGACGGUGACGGUGGCGGGGGCGGUGAUGGUGGCGACAAGAAGGACAGUGGUGGCGGUGGUGGUGGUGCCAAGGAGGACCGCAAGGAGUUCGGGCCGGAAGGCCUCGAGGUCGACGAGAAGGCCGAGUGCCGGUCGGGUUACCGCCGGCACGACAUCAAGACCGACCAGAGCGGCCUCCUGCUCCACUGCUCGCGCCCCCGUGUCAAGGUGCUCACGUCGUGCUACCCGCCGGCGGGCCACAAGGACAUGAGCAUCAAGAACAAGAUGCUGUACGCCAAAAUGCAGCAGUACGACUUUGAGUGGUGGGUGUGGAACUACGAGGCCCCGAAGGGCAAAGUGUGGCGCGGAGGCAUCUGGACCAAGGCCGUCCUCCUCCUCGACGCCCUCGACGCCCUCGGCAACGCAACGGAAGGGGAGCCGUUCAAGUGCGACUACGAUUGGCUGCUCUGGAUGGACUGCGACAGCCUCGUCGCCAGGUUCGACUUCACCAUCGAGCACAUCGUGGGCGAGCACUUGCACGAUCUGAACAAGCACAUCAUCAUCACCAGAGACCUCAAUGGAAUCAAUUCGGGCGUGAUGGCCCUGCGGUGCACCGAGUGGAACCGUGCCCUGUGGCGCCGCGUCUGGAAGGCCGAGCAGUACAUCAGCGACCCGUGGGCCGAGCAGCGCGCCCUCGUCGAAUUCUACAAAGUUGAACCCGAGCUGCGAGCGCGGGUGGGCGAGGUGCCGCCCGAGCAUCUGCAGUACCUGCUGAUGGCGCCGCUCAAGCGGGUGGACGCCAAGGGCCAGAUGGACUUCUUCACGAUCCACUUCGCCGGCUUCUGGGACUCCAAGGACGAGAAGAUGGCCGAGUUCUACCCCAAGGUCAUGCUCAACGCCGGUUGGCUCAACCCUCCCCUGCAAAAGUAA